CAGUUGAAGGCAAACCCGGAAUCUCCGGACGUUUCGUGAAUAGUAUAUAUAGUCUCCUCUUCGUCUCCUUCACAACCUCCGUCUUUUUCUACCUCGAGUGUUUCUAUCAACAACUUCCUCAAGACCAAUCUCCACUCUAAAGCCCUCCUUUCCUCACUCUUGAUCAGUUCUUCUAAGGCUUCACUAGUCCAUCAACGACUACUACUUGAAACACAUUCACUUAUACAAAUAUUAAACUUAAUAACUCACAAUCUCAUCCAUCACCAUGCCUUCGGUAGACAUCAAGCAGAUCGUUGACACCAAGCCUCUGAGCUUCACCAUCAAGACCGGAAGCGGCAGAUGGCAAUGCCAGAUUCAUAGCGACAGAGCCUCAUACGAGCGCUCGCGCAUUACAAAGGCACCGGGAAUCUCCCGCAUGGAUUCCGGCCUAUCCACCUCGACGAGGUCGUCGAGUAGUUCGGUCGCGAGCACCUCGUCGCACUAGACUACACAAAUGAAAUAAUUCCCCAUCCAGGGGGGAACCCUUGCCAUCGCGUUCGCGUUCCGUCUAACGGCCCGGCCUCGCGAGGGUACACAGCGCAUGCACAAUUGCUAGAAUUGGUCAAAGUUCUUAUCAGGAAUGGGUAAUACGAAGAUUGGGGG